GGAAAGGUUGCCUGGGGGGAUAAUGAUUUCUUCUGGGUCUCUAAAUUGAGGGGACAGCUAAAGCCCAAAGCCUCUUCUAAAAGAGGUUAGAAUUUCAUCAGAAAGUGAGUCUGGUCACAUGAGGAUUUCUGGCACUGUGUGCAUGGCAGGCUGGACACCCGCCUGCCAGAAUUGAGCGAGUGGAUCGUAUUGGCUUCAGCGGAGAGGGAAAGUCCCAGCCUGGCCGGGGAGAAGGAGCCACUCACUCCCCUGCGGCCGGCGGGCUGGAGCAGCACAGCUGCUGCAGCGGGACGGGACCUCUCACGCCUCAGGCCCCCUCUCCUUUAACUCUAAAGAAAGUGUGUGGUCCAGGGACUGAAGCCUGAAAGAUGCCUAAGGAAUGCAAUGCUUUCCACGCCCUCUCGGCUGCUCUGUGCUGCUUCUAUCACCGCAAGUCUUUCCUUGGAGUAAAGGCUGAGGCCCUCUCUCCACUUACCCUGCUGCUCCAUUAUUUCUCCAAGGAGAGGCACGUCAUGGACAGGACCCCGGAGAGGCUGAAGAAGGAGCUGGAGGAGGAGCUGCUGCUGAGCAGCGAGGACUUACGCAGCCACGCCUGGUACCACGGCCGCAUCCCCCGACAGGUGUCAGAAAACCUCGUGCAGCGAGACGGUGACUUCCUGGUUCGUGAUUCUCUGUCCAGCCCCGGAAACUUUGUCCUGACCUGCCAGUGGAAGAACCUCCCUCAGCACUUCAAGAUCCGCCGGACCGUCCUGCGGCUCAGUGAGGCCUACAGCCGAGUGCAGUACCAGUUUGAUAUGGAGAGCUUCGACUCCAUCCCCGGCCUGGUGCGCUGCUAUGUGGGUAACCGGCGGCCCAUCUCCCAGCAGAGCGGAGCCAUCAUCUUCCAGCCCAUCAACAGGACGGUGCCCCUGCGGUGCCUGGAGGAGCACUACGGCACCUCCCCCGGCCGGGCCCAGGAGGGCAGCCUCGUCGAGGGAAGGCCGGACGUGGCCAAGAGGCUGAGCCUCACCAUGGGCAGCCCCCAGGCCCGAGAGCAGAGCUUGCCCAGGGGCAACCUCCUCAGAAAUAGAGAGAAGAGUGGUAGCCAGCCAGCCUGCCUGGAUCACAUGCAGGACAGAAGAGCCUUGUCCCUCAAAGCCCACCAGUCGGAAAGUUACCUGCCAAUUGGUGGUAAGCUGCCCCCUCAGUCCCCAGGUGUGGGCACAAGACCCUGCCCAAACUCACCGGUUUUCAGGACAGGCAGCGAGCCCACCCUGAGCCCAGCGGUGGUUCGAAGGGUCUCCUCGGACGCCGGGGCAGGGGGGGCGCUGAGGGGCUCAGACAGCCAGCUAUGCCCCAAACCGCCCCCCAAGCCCUGCAAAGCGCCCAUGCUCAAGGCUCCCCGGUCUCCGUCCACCUGGCUCAACUCAGAGGCCAGCUACUGCGAACUGAACCCAGCCUUGGCCGCAGGCUGCGACGGGGCAGCACGGCCGCCCUUCUGUGCCCAGGACAGCUACGUGGACCUGCUGACCACCAAGCAGAACGGCGGGCCGGCUGCCUGGAACUCUGACACCAGCUACUUGAUCCUUGAUGACGAUGACGGGGCAAAGCCUUGGGAGCCGCUGCCAACCCAGAGGGACAAGGGGCAGGAGGACGAGGGUACAUUCGUGACACCCCUCCUGGAGACUGCCUCCUCCUUCAAGCCCAACGACCUUGAGUCGAAGCUCCUUCCUCCUGAGAACAGGCCCCUGGAAACCGCGAUGCUGAAGCGUGCGAAAGAACUGUUCACCAACAACGACCCCAAGGUCAUCGCCCAGCAUAUGCUGAGCAUGGACUGCAAGGUCGCGAGGAUACUUGAAGUCUCUGAAGAGAUGAGGAAGAACAUGGGCAUGAGCUCAGGGCUGGAGCUCAUCACCUUGCCUUAUGGCCACCAGCUGCGCCUGGACAUCAUUGAAAGACACAACACAAUGGCCAUCGGCAUUGCAGUGGACAUUCUGGGCUGCACGGGCACUUUGGAGGACAGAGCAGCCACCCUCAAUAGGAUCAUCCAGGUGGCAGUGGAGCUGAAAGACUCCAUGGGGGACCUCUAUUCUUUCUCGGCCAUCAUGAAGGCCUUGGAAAUGCCACAGAUCACAAGGUUAGAAAAAACGUGGACAGCCCUGCGGCACCAGUAUACACAAACUGCCAUCCUCUAUGAGAAACAGCUGAAGCCUUUUAGCAAAAUCCUGCACGAAGGCAGAGGUGAGCACAGGAUCAGGACAAGGGGGUCUGGUGGCAGCCCUGGCAGUGUCAUAUCUGUUCUGGUUUGAUCAAAGCAUUUAGCAGGGCAUAUUAUGAGGCUCUGAGUUAUCUGCAGGCAGGACUGUUGAUGGGUCACCAAGGCUUUUAUCAGAUGACAGCAUCGCUUGUAGGUCUGCAGUUGCUAAAACAAGACAUAGGCUACUAGUUACCUUAUUUUGUGCUUAACUUUAUAAAUUGAGGUGUAAUUUACAUAACAUUAUAUUAGCUUCAGGUGUACAACGUAAUGAUUUGAUAUUUGUAUAUAUUGCAAAAUGAUCACAAUAAGACCAGUUAACAUUUGUUACCAUACAUGGUUACGAAACGUUUUUUUUCUUCUGAUGAGAACUUUCAAGAUCCACUCUGCUAGCUACUUUCAAAUAUGCAAUACAGUAUUAUUAACUAUAGUCACCAUGCUGUACAUUACAUCCCCCAGGACUUAUUCGCUUUAUAACUGGAAAUGUGUACCUUUUGAUCCCCUUCACCCAUUUCACUUCUCCCCCU